GUCGUGAUGGUAGCCAAUGUUUGAUAGAAUGUAUUUAAAUAUGUUCUUAGCCUUGUGUAAAUCACAGUUUAUUGAACAAGUUGAUUUUUCGCUACCUAACAGAAAUGUUUCGUUCAGGAAUACGGUUAAUGAGUUAACUUAUGGUUGUUCCACAACCUUGUUAUAUUUAUUUUUUAACUUCCAAGUGGUUUUGUAAUACCAAUUUGUUUCUUUUGGCUGAUAAUAAUAUUAGAUUUGAAAUGAAACCGUCGGCGAUAUUUAUUUUUGUAGGGAUAUUUAGUGACUUAACUUUAAAAACAAAAUGGUUAACCUGAUGGCCGAUAUGGUGUAAUGAAAGGUGGUUUAAAGAAAACGUUGGAAAUGGAAAACUUUGGCAAUAACAACGGCUUAGGUCAAAAUUCCGAAUCAUCGUCUACGGCUGCAAAAUCCAGUGAUAUGAACAAUGACGAUACAUUUUUGCCAGGAUAUCCAACAAUAGAUGAUUUUAUAAAGGCGGGUACAGCGGCCCUGGUGCAGUGCACGCAGCUUUCCAACAAGCUGCCGUCCAAGGACAACUGGGAGUACUUCUGCACCUACCCCGCUUUCCAGAGUGCCCUCAAGAAGGAACGCGGCAAGAUCUUGAAAGUGAUUAGUAAGCUGCUUCGUAGUCAGAAGAUCCAGGGUAACAUUUUACAGCGAGAUCUAGAGGAACAGUUGGAUCUAAUCAUCGAUGCUAACGAUACGAUUCUGGAACAUGUGGCCAACAACCUGGACGAGAUGGACGGGCACCGGCGGGACCCCGAGGUGGAGCUGGUGGAGGCGGUAAUCCAGCCGUCCGCGAGCGGCAGCUGGAACGCGGCCAGGCCGGCGGUGUCGCCCGCCCACGUGGGGGCCACUCCGACACUGCUCGCCCCGUCCCCCGCUACACCCCCGGCCAUCCGCCUGCUGACCGCCAAGAACAUAGAGCGGCCGCAGGCCAAGUUCAAGGACAAGAUAGACAACAGUCCACAGCCGUUCCAGCCCCGCAUCAAGGACAAGCCGAAUGCUUCGACGCCCCUCGCGCUGUUCCUGGAGGCUUCGGAUGGUGGCGAAAACUUCAACCACCCGUACGAGUACGAGCUGGCCCACUUCGUGGCCCCGGAGACGCAGCUGACGGCGGUGCCGCUCCAGGGGUGCCGGCCCCUCGAGGACACCCCGCUGGUGAUGGUGCAGCGGGCCCACGAGCUCGCAGACAUGCUCGCGGAGCUGCGAGCCCACUCCGAGAUCGCGGUCGAUCUGGAGCAUCACUCGUACAGAUCGUUCCUCGGGAUCACGUGCCUCAUGCAGAUAUCCACCCGGGAGAAGGACUACAUCGUCGACACGUUGGAGCUCCGGGACAAGCUUCACGUCCUAAACGAGGUCUUCACGAAGCCCAGCGUCGUCAAGGUGUUCCACGGGGCGGACUACGACGUGGAGUGGCUGCAGCGGGACCUGGGGCUGUACGUGGUGAACAUGUUCGACACGCACCAGGCGGCCCGGGCCCUGAGCCUGCCCCACCUCUCCCUCGCCUACCUGCUGCUCAAGUACUGCGCCGUCACCGCUGACAAGAAGUACCAGCUGGCUGACUGGAGGAUCAGGCCGCUGCCCAAGGAGCUGGUGAAGUACGCUCGAGAGGACACCCACUACCUGCUCUGCAUCUACGACAUCAUGAAGAACGCUCUCAUCGAGGCAGCCAACGGCAAGUCCAACAUCCUGCAGUCCGUCAUCCAGUGCAGCACCGAGAUCUGCAAGAAGCGCUACGUGAAGCCGGUGCUGACGGAGGACAGCCACAUGGACCUGUACCGCCACAACAAGAAGCUGUUCGACAACCAGCAGAUGUUCGCCCUCAGAGAGCUGUUCCGGUGGCGGGACAGGGUUGCCCGCGAGGAGGACGAGAGCGUGGGGUACGUGCUGCCCAGCCACAUGCUGCUGCAGAUGGCGGAGAAGCUGCCGCGCGAGAUGCAGGGCGUGCUGGCGUGCUGCAAGCCCAUCCCCGCGCACGUGCGCAAGAACCUGGUCCAGCUGCACCAGCUGAUCCUGCAGGCCCGCGACCAGCCGCUCGUCAAGCCGAUACUGGAGGAGGAGAUCCGUGCGAGAGUGGCCGCCCCCUCGCUGCACAAGAUAGACCUGGACGGGCCGCUCCACUGCCCCCACGACCUGUCCCGCCAGCAGGACUUCCGGGACGACCUCCCGGUCCUGCUGGGAGCGGCGGGGGGCGGCCCUCGAGACCGCGGCACUGCCCCGCGGCUGGCCAAGCCCCGGCCGGAGAUCACGGUGUUCCAGAGCGAGGCAGUGACGCUGGAGGUGAGGGACGGCGCGGGACAGCUGUCUCCGCCCAAGAAGAAAGUCAAGCAGCUGACGUUCGUGUGCCCGUACGACCGGUACAAGCUGGUGCGGCCGUACACGGACGCGGAGAAGGCCAAGGAGGCCGCGGAGAAGGCGGAAGCCGCGAAGCCCGCCUCCGCGAAGGAUUCAGAGACGGCGUCGGCCGACGACGACGAGAGAAUCAGUCGGAUCCACAGGCACUUCAUGCAAGUGGCAGAGGGCGUAGCGCCGGCCUCCCAGGAAUCCCCACAGAGCCCUGAACCCUGGGAGGAACCAGCCGCGGCUCCCCCUGCCACGAUAGACUGUGGAAUCGACACACUACGAAAACAGGCGAAGAGGAAGAGCGAGGACGACUCGGUCCUGCAGCCGCGGGUCUCGAAGCAGGCGCGGCUGGAGGGGGAAGGGGAGGGCGAGGAAGUGGCGGCGGAGGCCAGCCCCAGCAAGAGGAGGAGGAAGAAGAAACCCAAGAAGGACGGCGAGGGCGAGGGGCCACCGGCGGCGGGGGGAGACCGGGAGCAGCGCGAGUUCCGGCCGUACGACUAUGGCAGCGUCGACUACGGGGCGUACAGCGGCGGCAGCAAGAAGCACGUCGCCAAGAACCAGCAGAGUCAGCACCGAGGAGUGUUCAGGCCCCGGGGGAAGAUGAAAAAGUUUCGAGGUGCCAACAGAAGCAUGACAUUUCAAAACCAAAGGAAUUGGUAGUGAGCAUCACGCGAACAAUGUACAGCGCUCCUGCAUCGACAGAAGUGUGGAAGUCAACACCCAGUCUGGAUGUUUCUUCAGUUCAUGGCUUAUGCCUGCCUUGCUGCGAUGGACUUCAGUAUAAUUUUUCUAUCAUAUCGUUAGCAUGUGUACUAAGUUAGUACAUAAAUUGUUGGCUAGUGUGUAAUAACUCUCUUGUGUCAUUCAUCCAGGUGGUUAUAUUUGUAUCUUACACAUAUUGACAUAAAAGCAGCCGUCCAAAAA